AAUCAACGACCGUAUUGUGACAGUCAACGGUAUCUCUCUGGAGAAUGUGGACCAUGCCACGGCCAUCAACGUGCUCCGUGACUGUGGCAACACCGUCAAUUUGGUUGUGAGGAGGAGGAUUCUGUUGCCUGCCUCGGACAGACAGAGCAUUCCUUUCAAGAUUGUCUUGAACAAAAAGAACAAGAAAGAUGGCGCUAUGUUGACAUGAGAAGCGAUAUCUGCCUUGAACCGCGCCAGGUGACCUUCCCCAAGGACAAGCAGACGGGGCUGGGACUGCGACUGGCGGGCGGGAACGCCACGGGCAUCUUUAUAGCCAGUGUCCAGCAGGGGAGUGCCGCGGAGAGAGAGGGGCUGGUGGAGGGGGACCAGAUUGUGUUGGCCAAUGAAAAAGAGAUUAGUGGUCUGACACGGGAAGAGGCCGUGUCUUAUCUGACCAGUUUGAUGGGGGAGGUGACCAUGGUGGUGCAGUACCGCAAGGAGGAUUACGACCGUAUCAUGGCGAGCCACGAGGCAGGGGACGCCUUCUAUAUCAGAACCCACUUCAGCUACACAGCCACGGACAGCGCCACGGAGCACUCGUUCAAAGAAGGCGACAUCUUCCUGGUCAAGGACACGCUGUUCCGCGGCAUGUGCUGGCUGGCCGUCAAAACUUCCGAGGAGGUGUCGGAGAACAAGAAGGGGACCAUACCCAGCAGUAAAACUGCGGAGCUGCUCAAGUCCCAACAGAAGGAAGACGCGGACAAGGAGAAUUUCCCCGCCAGGGGGCGUGGCAGCCUCUUCAAGAGGAAGUCUGCUUCUCCUUCUUCUUCUUCUUUGCGGAGCUGCUCAAGUCCCAACAGAAGGAAGACGCGGACAAGGAGAAUUUCCCCGCCAGGGGGCGUGGCAGCCUCUUCAAGAGGAAGUCGUCUAGACGGGCCAAGUCGCUGGGGAAGGACCAUUGGGACGAGGUGA